CCGGGCGAAGGGAGGGCCGGGCGGUGGGGCUGCAAGCCUUCCUCCAGCGACUUCCCAGUAAGUGCGGGAUCAGAUGCAGCCACCGCCCCGGAACCAGGCCUUCCCUGUUCUGCCUUCCAGGAGGGGGCCCGGGAGUAGCCCUCGGAAGUGCAGUCUCCCGCAAGUCCCGAAGUCCCUCUGGCCACCCGGCGUCGAACCGGGCGGAGGCUGGGAAGGGGCCGCCCUCCCCGCGAGGCUCCAGACUCCGGCAUUUCCUCCCCGCUGCCCGGCGCGGCCUUCCCCUCCGAAAGAAGAAAAUCCCGCGGCCCGAGGAACCCAGCCGAUCACCUCGGUGCGCAGCUGUGGCGGAGCCAGGAGGGCCGCCCAGGGUAGGGUAGGAGUCCGGGGCAGAAGCCAGCCGAGGGCAGCGAGGCUGGGACUGAGCGGGACAGGCACAGGGCGCGGUCAGGGGCCGGAGAGAGCUGCGCAGGCGGCGCCUGGAAGAGGAACUUGAGCUGAGAGUGGAGGCAGAGCAGCGGGGCUGCUGGCCCCGGCGCUACGAGCGGGGAGCCUCCUCCAAGGCCAAGGACACGGGGGCCUCGGGGCCUCCGGGACGCUGCGCGCAUGCUGGGCAGGGGACACCACCCGGGCUCGCGCCCUGGGCCGCCCGGGCUCCCGGCAUGUCCGUGCGGUACACGCUCAACCUGCGGGUCUUCUGGCCCUUGGUGACCGGGCUGUGCACGGCGCUGGUGUGCCUCUACCAUGCCCUACGCAGCAGCGAGGAUGCCCAGGUCGAGCCCCCCGACGGCGCAGACAGCGGCUUCCCGCUGCUCAAGGUGGCCGUCCUUCUUCUCCUCGGCUACAUCCUCCUACGAUGUCGCCACGCCAUCCGCCAGCGCCUCUUGCCAGGUUCUUCCCGCCCUUGUGGCCAUGCCAACGUCUCAGCCAGAUCCUUGCAAGAGCCGGGCCUGAGCAUCUUACUGGAGAGUUACUAUGAGCACGAGGUGCGCCUGUCGCCACAUGUGCUGGGUCACAGCAAAGCGCAUGUGAGCCGGAUCGUGGGGGAACUGGUGCAAGCUGGCCGGGCCCGAGGGUCUCCGGGUCCCAUCACCGGGGGAGCGCUGGCUUUGGCCUUCCGGGGAGACUUUAUCCAGGUGGGCAGCGCCUACGAACAGCAUAAAAUCCGCCGACCCGACAGCUUCGACGUGUUGGUGCCACUGCGACUCCCGCCGCAGGUGGCGCUGGAGCCGCGGAGCCUGGGGACCGAACCCACGCUGACCCCAGCCUUCCGGAGCUGCUUCGUGUGCGCCCUCAAGGCACCGCCCUCGCCAUCGGGGACCUCGACGGGCCAGUGGCAUCGCGACUGCAAGCCCUUCGCUGAAGGCUUCUGUGUGGAUGUGCAGGGCCGUCGCCACCUCUCAGCUACCCUGGUGCUGCGCUGGUUCCAGGCGCACCUCCAGCGCUCCUUGGCCACUGUGCGCUACAGCUUGGAGGGUCGCUGUCGGGUUAGCCUGACCCCAGGUGGUCUGGAGCAGCCUCCCACCCUCCACAUCCUCCCUUGCCGCACGGACUACGGCUGCUGCCGUCUUUCCAUGGCCGUGCGCCUCAUCCCUGCUGUCCACCUGGGUGAUGGCGUCUUCCUUGUGGCACCGCCGCCACCACCCUCGCCUAGCGGGGCCCUGUCAGAACUCCCGGGUGGUCUGCGCGCUGAGGCACUGUGGGGUGUGAACACAGCACGUCAGGAGCAGAAAUUGCUGGGCUGGCUUCAGGAACGGGCGCCUCCAGGUGCUUGCUACCUCAAGUGCCUGCAGCUGCUUAAGGCUCUUCGAGACUUGGGUGCCCGCGGACUGGACCCGAUGGCUGCUACACACUGGGGACGCAUCCUGUCCUCCUAUGUGCUCAAAACAGCAGUGCUGGAGGUGCUUCUGAACGAGGGCGGCCCAACACCUAGCUGGGAUGAGGCACACCUGAGUGAGUGCUUGGAGAAGUUGGUGAAGUUCCUUAGGGACUGUCUGCUGCGACGCAGAGACCUCUUCCAUUGUGUCCUAGGCCCUGCUGGGGCAGCGGCCGAGGUUGGCCCCCUGCCCAAGGUGCUGCGCGAGGCCGCUCCAGUUGACCUCCUGGCACCUUUCGACCGGCACGCCCGGGACCUUGCGGCAGCACGGUUGCUGUCCACCUGGCGAAGAUUGCCCCAACUUCUCCGGGUCUACGGUGGUCCCCGCUACCUUGCCAGGUGCCCUGCACCCCGGAGUCAACGCACCCAGGGCUUCCCUGAAGAUGAACCCUGAACCCUGAUUACACUCCACCUGACUAAAUGCUCCUUUCCCACGGGAUGAGAGUGCGGACAGCAGCUAAAUUCAAGAUGAGCUGUUCGAGGUGUCGGAAAUUUUGAAGGAUGUCACAGGAUUUGGUGGCACAAAUGUUCUGUCCUAGGCUCCAUGGCCUAAGAUAGCAGUGGCAUCUUCUGCAGACCAAUUAGAGUAUCCUGGGUGGUCUCAUACACAGAUCUCUCUGCCCUCAAAUUAUUAGAAGCAAACGUUUUUGAUAUACUUAUUUGGUGGAUACUAGGCUCUCAAUUGGCCCCUAGUUUUAGAAGGGUGUUGUAUGUGUGUUUCAAUGCUGGGGCUUGAAUAAGUGGACCCCUAUGCUAGGUGGGCCCUCUACCACGAAGCUAUAUCUUUGACCCCUAGCUUUUUUAUUUGUUUAUUUGUUUUAGUUUUGUUUUUAAAGAAUCCCUAUCCACAACUGGAAUUGAAAUUCUAGUCCAGCUGUUAGCAUCCCAGAGUCCUAAUUUAGCUAUUUCCAUGAGCAUGCAUGUAUAUUUUAGUGGUGCCAUCACAGAUUUGUUGAAUAAGAUUAAUGGAGUUGUCAUGAAUUAUGUGACCCAUGCUAAGAAGUGGCCAAGAGCAGUUUAGAGACUUUAAGAGCAAGUGGCACUUUAUGUCUAGUCAUUUUCUUGUUCUGUGUUUGUUGGAACCAAGGGCUCUUCAAAAGAGCUUCCACACAGUUAUAAAGAAGACCAGGGCUCAGAAAAGCAGCCAGCCACCAUCAGCACUCCUCUAGGUCAUAGGUGGGGAUUUGCUCUUGACACUCAAUACCUGUUCGCUUGAGCCAGGCAGAAUACAGAGGGAAAAGAUCCUUAAUUAAGACAGGUCUGGCAAAAGUGUAGAACACGAGUCUUGAAAAAGAUCCUGUCUAGGGCUCGCCGUCAGCUAGACCCAACCUGCUUAGGUUUCAAAGUUUCUGAGCAAAGGCCCUGUAGGCUUAUCUCAGAGUAUAAGGACCUUUGAAGAGAGAGAAUGCUUGGCAUGCUGCCUAGUAUGGGCUAGGGUUUAGUAGUUGGAAGGUUCUUGAUUACCUGGGCAGCUUUACAUCGUCUUGAAGGCCAGUUCUCGAUUCUGCUUAUGACUUGUAAAAUAGUAACUUGAGGUGUGUGCUUGGAGACCUGUCAGUCCCCAGUUGUGGGCAGAAGAUAGGCCAUAGGAGCUGAAGGAGAAAGGAGGGAGGAGCUGAAGGAGAAAGGAGGGAGCAAGCCAUACAGUGCUUUGCUCUUCUCAGCCAUAAACUUCUUGGCCUGGGUGCCCUUGCUGGUGGGAGGAGCCCAUUCUCCAGUGCUUCCUAUCCUCCUGCCUUCCAGACAACUUCCAAUAGCAGUUCAAGUUUAGAAAACUUCAGCUUCCUCUCUCCUGGUGGGAAGUGUGGCCAAUCUCAGUAAUACACUUAGGGAAUUUUUUUUUUUUUUAAACAACAAAGAUCUGUGCUCCCUUAGACUCCUUAAAGUGAAGGUUGGAAGACAAAAAUAGUCACAUGAAUAGGGUCAUUGUUUAAUUUCUUAGCUAUGUGGAGGGAACUCUGCAAACCCCCUUUCUCUGGGGCACCCAGUGGCAAUCCAGGGGAAUAGAUUGUAGGGACUUCUCAUUUUUCCUCGGCAACUCCGACUGAAAGAGAAAGCUAUCUCAUUGAGUUGUUUUGGGGACCAUUCCUCUUGAUAUCCCAGAGAUCAUUCCUAGUUUUUUGAGGCCAAUAUUUGGUUAUAAGGUACAGCAUUGGAUGAAAGGGUUGCUCUGUCAGCCUCUUGCAAAGUUUGAAACCGCACAGUGGGCUUGAUUUUAAUUACUUUAAAAAGCCAAUGCCAAGGGAAGAAUGUGCAUGUGUGCAUAUGCAUGUGUGUGUGUGUGUGUGUCUCUCUGUGUGUGUCUCUCUGUGUAUAUAUAUGUAUGUGUGUAGGUGUCUGUGUAUCUGUGUCUGUCUGUGUGUUUCUCUGUGUGUAUAUGUGUCUGUGUGUACAAUACACACAUGAUUUCUAUACUCAGCCUGUUGCUGCCUCUGUAGUCAUUAAGUUAGAACAGGGGAGAGGCAAAUUUCCAACUAUUUCUAGCUAAGCUAGAAAUUUCUAGCUAAAGAAUCCUUUUUUUUUUUUUAACUUUUGAUAAUAUUUUAAAGUAUAAAUCUGGUUAGGAUCAUAAAUAUAAAUAGCUUAUAUAAAUAUCUUUCUUGUAGGGUUUUUUCCUUUUUUUGUGUUAAUUACCCAAAGCUUCAUCCAUCCUCAAACUUUUAAAGUUUUUUUAUUAUUAUUAUUAAAUUAAUGGGCAUUGUGUUUGUAAAUUUUUAAAAAAAUAUUAAUGUUUUAUUUAAAUGCCAUGCUGAACAGUUGUUCUCAAUAUGUGGCAACAAAAACUUAAGAGAUUUCGAUCAAUUUUGAUCAAUAGUUAGUGAUCUGAAACAUGUACUGUGUACAGAUGCAAUUAUACGGCUGUUAACCGAGUACAGUGGCUGCCCAAGGCCUUUAAAUUCAGCUCAGUUCUGCAUUUCAUUAUGGCUACUGUCAUGGCCUCUAUUUGACAUGUAUACACUUUUGGUGUAUAUUUGGUGCUGGAGAGUCAUAUAUGCCAAAAUUCUCAUGUAAGAUGGCUCUGCCAAAAAGUAAAAAGAGUUGUUUAGCCAGUGCCCAAAGAAACCGUUUGCUUUUUUUUGUUGUUGUUGAGGAAGAUGACUCAGCUCUUUUGCAUCCAGACACUUCAGUAACUCCCACUGCCCAGCUCAGAGCCUUCUGGAAUGCUUGUGGGCUGGGAGAAUAUGCUUUUUGCAAAAUGAAGGAGAGGACAGUUUGAGUGGAUGCAAAUAUUCUCUGAGGAUUUGGAGGAGGAAGACUUAAGGUGUAUGUGAAAGGAAGAGAUGGGAGGGAGACGGGUGAACACACCUCAAGGGUGGGAGAGAGUUUUGGGUGAGGAAAUGUGGUUUUAGGUAUGUGCUGUUUCCGGUCAGGAGUCACAAACUCAGUAGCCUAAAGGCAGGGAGACAAAUAAGAGGGGGGAGGGUGUGGGGACUGUCCCUACCUUAAAGGAGGCAGCUCGCCUAAGCUCCAGGCUGGGAAAGAAGGGUGGGGCCAAGAAUCAGCAUUUCAAAUUAAAAUACUAACGCUCACUGGUUUUUAAUUUAAGACAUAAAUUUAAAAUGUCUAAAACCACCAAGUGAGCCAGAUACAAUAUUUGGUUGAACCUGAGGCCACCAGUUUGCGACCCCUUGCCUUACAGAGUUAGCCUUCCCCCAGGUAUAUAUAGGCUUAUAUUCUUUGCCAUAGAGACAGUGGUUAAAUAUAUAUAAGUGGGGGUGUGUUAGUUCAUUUCUACUUUAUCUCUCAGAGUUAAGCUUUGCUAUAUGAAUAACAGCAGAAAAAAUUAACACAGCCACAGAUAACAUUUAUCCCCAGUUCCGGGUAGGGCUUCCAUGCAAGCCUGGCUCUUCAGUUAAAAUCCCAGCUAAAACACUUGGGGUGAUUUUGGGGGGGAGGGGUGCUGGUGAUUUGAGGACAACUUUUUAGCCUGGCUGGAACUUGCAGAUGAGUAAUGAAGAAGAAUUGCAGAAUAACUUCUUUCUUUGUAUUUGGUUCUUAAAUGAAAAUUAAUAUUUUUGUUGUCCAUGGUAACUUAGCCUGGGCCUUCACAAUGUUGUUUGGAGACAUUAAACACCAGCAAAAACAAAACAAAAGCAACAGCCAGUGUUCCAGCUUUGGGCCAAGUGGCAUGGAUUUGUACUAUUCCCACCUCAGAACACUGGCAUUCUUUCUGUUCCUUUCUGACUCAGUGUCUCCGACCAAAACGAGCACCAGCUGAGCCUCCUCCCCAAGCAUCUCUUGUCACCUCCCAGAGGAAGUCACGUUUUCCACAGAACUGUGCUUCCUGGCUUUGACCUUGACAAAGAGGUCCCCCCCCACCCCCCACCCCCGUGUCUACACAAAGGAAAAUUUUCUCCUGUGGUGGAAAAAGUAAACCUCACCCAAAUUUCUGACAUCUUCAAGAGGGAAACUGGCUCAGUGUUACCCCUGUGGUACGUGUUACAUUUUUCUUUCUUUCUUUCUUUAAUUGCUUGUCUGUAACUUAAACAUAUCUAUUUAUUUUUUAUGGCACACGGUGGGGUGGGAGUAAUGCUAGUGUAUAAGUCAAGAGAGGGUGGUAAAUUCCAGAUCAUGUACACAGAAAAAAUAGACCAAGAUCUGCAGCUAACUGAUAUGUAAUCUGGUUCUGGAAUUAUUAGAUAUGCAGGGAUAUUUUAGCACCUUUUGAGGAAAAAAAAAAGAUGUCUUGGCUCAGUCACUUGACCUGAAGCAUUCCAACUCUGGCUGUUUUAAACGUGCCUUCUGACCCCAAACUGCAUAUUGGGAUACAGUUUGGGGGUCACAAUUACAGCCUAUGUUUGUUCCAAUAAAAGAGACCAAAGAGUUAAUCAGACCUAGUUGGCUGCUAUAGCAACUGUGUGAUUAAGAACGUCUUCAUCACGCAGUUUCCAUGGCCCCAGUGGUCAAGGCCUGUCUGUCACUCAUCUUCAUUUGAAGUGGAGUGUAUUUGCACUUUCGAUCCUGUGGGUCACUUGGGGACCUUGUUCUUUCCAAUUUUGCUUUAUCAAUAAAGGAACUUGUGGGAACCUC